CAGUCAGAGCGCAGAGGGACAAUCACGCCAUCCUCUCGUACGGAUAACCAAGACGUUAACAUUUUCUCCAGGCAUCGGAAUCUCGAUACCAAAGGCUACGUUUAAAAGUCUAGGAGCACCAAAACAGACCACAAGGAUUGUCACAGCCGUUGUGUCCCAAUAGCGGCAAUAACAAAGACGUGGCAAGAUGAGUGUGAACGUGAAUGACUUCAGUGACAUUUUGGAAGCAUUUGGAAGCGACGACCUAAACUUCUCAACUCUUGACGAUAAUGUCUCCCAUGUUGAAGUGUGUCACAGCACCUUCAGCCAGAAGGCGUUGCUCUACGCCCUCUCUGUGCUCUACAUCUUCCUCUUCAUCAUCGGCCUCGCCGCCAAUGCUCUGGUGGUGUGGGUGAACGUGCGAUCUGAGAGGAAACGUUACGAGACUCACCUGUAUAUCCUCAACCUAGCCAUCGCUGACCUCUGCGUAGUGGCCACUCUUCCGGUCUCCAUUAGUUCUCUGCUUCAACUCGGCCACUGGCCUUUUGGUGAUGCCAUGUGCAAAAUUACACACCUGAUCUUCAGCGUCAACCUUUUUAGCAGUAUCUUUUUCCUUACAUGCAUGAGUGUGGACCGCUACCUGUCCGUGAAACUUUUUGGAGACGGUCCCAGUCAGAAGAAGAGAAGGACCAGACAGCUCAUCUGUGUGGGCGUUUGGCUGCUGGCACUCUUUGCCGCCCUCCCUGAAACAUACUUCCUUCAGGCUGAGAAAUCCAGGUAUUCAGACAGCAUCGUAUGUAAGUCUGUUUUCCCAGCAGACACCACUAAGGAAUGGACAGUUGGCAUCCAAAUGAGUUUCUUCAUGCUCGGCUUUGCCAUUCCCUUCCCUAUAAUUGCCGUGUUCUACGCCCUCUUGGCCGGUGCCAUCCAACCCUCAGCUGACCAGGAACGUCGCAUCAGCCGUCGCCUCGUCUUCACCUACAUUGUGGUCUUUCUAGUGUGUUGGGUGCCCUACCAUGGAGCUCUACUGCUUGACACGUUAGCCUUUCUCAACGUGCUGCCCUUUAACUGCACUCUGGAGAACGCUCUCUAUGCAGCACUGCAUCUCACUCAGUGGUUCUCCCUCCUUCACUGCUGCUUGAACCCCAUCAUCUACAACUUCAUCAACAAGAACUACCGCUACGACCUCAUGAAAGCCUUCAUCUUCAAGUACUCUACCAAAACUGGCCUCGCUAGGCUCAUCGAUGCCUCGCACAUGUCUGAGGCUGAAUACUCCGCUGUGGAGAACCAGGGACCAUUAUGAACGUUCUAUGAUGGUGUUGAUCAACACCAGCUCUGCAAAAAGCGUUGUACACAUAUAGUUUGCUUAAUCUUUAUAAACAGAUGAAUGUUUAUGCUUUUUGUACAUUAUUAUGACAGUUAUAGAUGUAUUGAGAAAGCACUUGUAUUGAUUUGAUUUGUAAGCAUAUUAGCCUUGUAAGUCUUGCUAGGCUUUUGUGCCUGCAUGUGAAAUUGGUGGAAAAGGUCCCUCCCUGUCCUGGAGCCACAGAGAGACUCGUAUAAUCCGUUCUCCACUUAUCAGUGGCUUUCGUACAGUACAUCUGUCGGAAAGACUAAAGAUCACAUUAUACACAAUGUGUAAUGUACAGUUAUGUCUGGUAAAAUGGAGGAGGAUGUUGAAAACCCACACAUUUUUGAGGUGAAGCAAGUCCAAAUCAAGAUUAGAUGUAGCUAUUGUAAACUAAUGUUAUGCUGUUUGCUAUGCUUGUGGGAAAUUAUACACUUUUUUUUGAUAAGUUGUACAUUUCAAGAACAAUGCUAGCUGCAUUUGUAAAUGUUUUGUAAAUAAAAUUAUAUUUAUAUACUCAGUGUCUAUGUUCAGUGUUUUGUAAUAUUGUCUGACAUAAAAAUGUGCCGUUGAAAUAAAAGAUAUAUACAUCUUU